AUGGCUCCUUUCAGGGUUUUCGAGGGCAAGCUUGCCAUUAUUACUGGCGCCUCGCGAAGCUUCGGCGCCGUCGUCGCUGAGCACUUCGCCAGCAGAGGCGCCAACGUCGUCAUCAACUACGCCACCGACGGGUCGACGGAGACGGCAAAGGCCCUCGCCAAGGACUUCGAGGCCAAGUACAACGUCAGGGCCCUGGCCGUCAAGGCCGACCUGAGCAAGCCUGAGGCUCCCCAGCAGCUCGUCGACGCCGCGAAGGCUCACUUCACCGACGCCAACGGCCGCUUCCAGAUCGACAUCCUCAUCAACAACGCCGCCACGGUCAACGCCCAGGGCAUCGACCAGCUGGACCUCGACCUCUUCGACGCCACCUUCAACCUGAACUGCAAGGCGCCCGCCCUGCUCGUCAAGGCCUCCUUCCCCUACCUGCCCACCGACCGCUCCGGCCGCAUCGUCAACAUCUCCAGCGCCACCACCACUUGGGGCGUCUGGUGGCAGACGUCGUACGCCGGCACCAAGGGCGCCAUCGAGGCCAUGACCCGCGUCUGGGCCCGCGAGCUUGCCGAGAGGGCGACGGUCAACGCCGUCGCCCCCGGUCCCAUGGACACGGGGCUGUACUCCAGCCUGCCCGACGAGCCCCGCGAGGCUCUCCGGCCGCUGAACAUCCUCACGCCCCUCGCCAAGGCCAGGCCCGGCGUCGACAGCCAGGAGGUGCUCGACCUGGCCCAGAGCAUCGGCGGCCGCCCCGGCUACCUCGAGGAGGUCGCCGGCGUUGUGGGAGUCUGCUGCUUGCCGGAGAGCGGAUGGAUGACGGGCAACCUUGUCGGUGCCAGCGGAGGCGGCGCUUUCGUUCGUUAA